GUCGUGCCUAUCACGAAAACCCAAUCUCUACGUCAAAAAAAAUGUACUUCAACUAGUGUUUCACGUUUUUCUGCGAUUUCUACGGGAAAAAUUAUACAAAAAAAGUCUCAACGGGAUGGCAGUCUUGGUGAACCUUCCUCAAUCCCCCGAAAGUGUCGAAAGAACCGAGUAUUUAGUGAAAUGAUCUGAUAUUUCGAGUGCGGAUCGUACUGAGUCAUGGCCAGGAGCCAAAAAUACGGCAACGAAACGCUGGAUGCGUUGAACAAAGGCUGCCUGGAUACCUACGAUGCUGUUGCUUGUGGACGUAUCAGUGUACUCGUUGUUAUUAGUGCAGUAACUUGUUUCUUUGCUGUACUCAAGAUUGUUAAGUACCAUGCCUACAAGCAUCCCCAGAUGCAUCAUUACGUUAUUUUUUAUGUGUCUGUCAUCCAGUGUUUUGUCUGUGCUGCCAGUGCAGUAUUUGGCAUUCGUUACCCUCAACUGGACUUUGCUCCGAGUUUCCUGAAACUCCUGCAGUUCAUUCUCAUUUGCCAUCUUCACUGGUCAGUGGCGGCCAGGUCCAGACAUCGGGAUGACAUCGUCCAGCACGUUGUCAAUCCUGUAUUAUGUCUUUACAUGUUGUACUGCACUACUGUAGUGCUCAUGGGCAUGGUGGACAUUAGUGGAACUUGGACCGAGUGUUUACGUCCCUAUUGGCUAAUGUUGUCAAGCGCUGACUUCCUCGCCGUCCAAGUGUUUGCAGUGGUGGCUCUAUACCUCACCCACAACAGUGAGCACACAAUAUCCACUCUGAUGCUGCCAGCCGUGAGCUCCCAGACACGAGACUUGUGGCUUGUCACAGCUGUCUACGAAGUUUCAGCUGUUGUUUCAGUUGUCUUCGACGCAGUGAUGUCGUUCAUGGGUAGAGAAGAGUCUGGUUGCAGUGGAAUCUACAGUCACGUGCAGCUUUACUACAGCCUUGUCAUGUCCACAGUCCUGGGUCUGAAGUACUUUCUGCCCAUGUGGACACUCCUAUGUGUUUUCCAGCCAUCGCGGGUGAAAUCCAGACCCUCAGAGGUAGCACUCACCUCGCACUAUAACACCGAUGGCACCUGUUACAAUCAGUACAGGAGAAUGUUCUUCAAUCAGAAUGGAAAUCCUGGGAGUGUUCAGUAUCCAGCGAUUCCCUACUCAUCGGAUUCGCCAAUUUAUGGAAGUUUUGGUGAUUUCUCUUGCACCGACAGCUCGCCAGAUAUCUCCCCCAGCAUCGGCCGAUACUGGCCUGGAAUGGAGGACGAAAAUCAGGGAUCUUACGAGAAGCACUUCAUCAACGAUGGAAAAUUAAAUUUGGAGACUCAGUAUCGCAUCGAUCAGAAUCGCCAGAAUUUGGAGAACAGUUUAAGAAUGCACGAGGCUGAUGACAAGAAAUCCCAGAAGAAUAAUCUCAGUACGAUUAAUGAAGAGACUGGAAACAUGAUGGAGAGCCCACGAGACUGACCAGCGUUUUGAGGGAAGUUCCAUUAUUUCUAGAUUAAUGUCGGAAGUGAAUUGGUGAACUAGGAGUAUUUGGAUGAGCUCCAAUUAUUGAUGAAUAUGUUUUCAAUGAGGAGAGAACGAAAUUGUUGUCUGAAUAUUUUUUUUAACCGCUCCAUCCUUCUACAAAAAAAUAUUCAUAAGAGCUUUUCUUUCUAUUUAUAAACUGUCCAACGAUAACUGACUCCAACUGAGAUGUACUCAUCCUAGUUCAACAAUGCACUGCAGACAUUUUUUUGCGAUAAUUACACGUAGAAAAUGUUUCAUAGAAAAACGAUGGGGAGUUUACUUAAUAUCUCGAGAUCUGAGGGGGGCCGGAAAAUUUAUAAUUCAUCUUUUUGGUGAAGUCCCUCUAGAAUAUCCCAGGAAUCUCGCCACGUUUUUCUGUGACAUUUUUUAGGCCCAGGGGAAAUGAUCACUCGAUACUUUCUCGACGCUGAGUCAGAUGAUAAACAGGAAAUGGUUCUGUGAUCCUACUGACACCAAUAACGCAAAUUUCUCAGAUCAAUCAUCAACGUUUCUUUCUUCGAAUUAAAUUAAGCGAUAACUGAUGACUGUAAUAAUAGCUUCAUUGUCAUUCAUCAUGAGUCAGGAAUAAUUUAGUUGCAUCACUGAGAAUAUCAAAAAAUUGAAAUUAGAAAGACUUCUUUAAAUUUCUUGGCGUCAUAUAAAUUAAUUGAAUUGUAUAAACAUGAUUUGAAUGUUUGAAUUAUUCGAAUGGUUCCAAUUAUCAAAUAAUUUACUUGGUAAAUUGUCUACUCUCUUUCCAUUUCAAAAUUCUCAACGAAAAAAGACAAAUUCAUAAAAAUUGCUCAUAAAGACACUUAUAAAACUGCUCACAUUCUGGAAUGCGUGAACAUUCACAGGAUAACUGAUGGCUAGAGUGAAUGACAAUUGUGAAAUUCAACAAAAUCAUCACCUCUUCAUUCACUGAAUUGUUUGUCGUUGUCGUACGACAGAGAGAUUAUAAUCAUACACAUAAAAUCUAAAUAAUGUAAAGACUGUAGACUGCAGUCGAUGGCAAUAGACGCAGACUAAUGCGCGUCGUGCCAAUUUCAUGAGACUGUAAUUGUGGAAAUUCACGUUAGAGAGUCAACGUCCUUGUUUAUCGCCAUUUCCAACAUCUCUGGAUAAUCUUCAUCAUGAAAAUAGGUUUUAAAGUAGUCGAGGUACACAAAGAGCAACUGAUCAAGGAUUGAACAACAAUGAAUGAAGCGACUAGGGUUCCCCAGACCCUGAUGAUAAAGCAGCUGUUUUUUUAAAGAUAAAACUGAAAGAUUUUACAUGGGACGAUGCAACCAUCCUUCCAAAUGCUGUGAUGAGAAUUUAUUUAUCGAAUGAAAUGACCAUUAUAGAUUUACCCAUAUUUUAUCACCGACAUUUCUUCUUUUUUUAUAUUUCUUUGGGAAAUUGGGAGAAUGAGUACUUUGGAUUUAUUUAAUGUCAAGGAUUCAUGGAGUCAUUGAUAAAGCUCGUCUUUUUUUUCGCUGCCUACUCUCCCAUUUCUGGUUUAGGUAGCGUUGCAAUUCUCGUUGAUAAUCGUUUAUCAUCCAUAUACACUCAAAUUAUUCGCAAUAGGGCUAAGAGUCACUUAUUAAUAGAGUGAUAAUCUCAUUAUUGUAGUGGAUAUUUACAACGAAGUUAAUCUCAGUAGAGAAUUCCUUAGGAUCAGCUACGGCACAUCACAUUUAUGAUAUUUCUCAACGAGUCGAGAUGCAUUUUGACAAUUUUUUAUUGUCUGAAAUGCUUUCGUUUGUCCGAGAGUAGAAGAAACUAGCUAUUUUAUGUUAAUCAAGUGUUUGAGUGUGAAGAAACUGAGGAGAUGCUGUGGAAUCAUUUAUUUGUUUGCAUUUGUUCUUUCUGAGUGAAGAUAUGUAAUGAUCGUGAGAAUUUUAUAUAAGAAAAUGUGCCAAAAUUUUCAAUGUCGUUUACGAUAAAUCAUUUAGAGAAUACGAGGAGAAAUUGAUCGACUUGACUUUGCAUUUCGUAUUUUAAAUCACAUAAAAUUGUUCUAUUUUUUUAACUAUUCAGGGACUCUUUUGAAGAGCCAUUAAUGCGUCACUUUUUGUUGUAUUUUAUCAAUUUUGUAAAUAUAAUAUUUAAGCGUGGAAUUACGUUAUACAGAUUUGAGUUUACAAUUGUAAUGAUAUUCGACUGGAGGAAAAACCGAAUUUUCGGAGUCUCUUUGAGCGUAGGAAUAAACGUAGUUGUAUUAUUUCUGCAUCAAUGUUUCGUUUAUACUCAUAAUUUGUACAUAAAUCUUCGUAAGAAUUUAAUAAACGUAUAGUGCACGGUAGGCUUAAA